GUGUGUACUGGUUUAACAGAUAUCACAUAUGCAAUAUCAAUACUGGAGGACCAUAACUGGGACUUGACGGCGGCUGUUUCCAGCAUUAUUAGCGACGUGUUGCCAGGAUCAUCAGUUGUCCAAGAAGAUCAAUCUAUUCCAUACUCCACAGUUUUUCCUAUUACUCCGCUUGGUGGACCCAUUCUGUCAUCUGAAUCUUCAGUAAAUCAUAACUUAGGGACUCAGACCGUUUCCGUAUCAACUAUGUGUGAUAUCGAUACUGAUAUUUCAGGGUGCGAUAUAUCUCCAGCGAUUUCUCGAUCCGUUAUUGAACUGGACAGUGAUCAAGCUACUUUUAAUUCCAAUAGACCAGUUCGUAUCUUGAAUUUUGAAAUAGAUUUGGAAUUACCUGUAAAUGAUGAUACAGAUCAUGAACAAAAGGUUGUAAAAGAAAGUUUUCCUUUUCCUGAUACGGAGACAGUUGGAUUUUUGAAACAACAUUUUAUUGACUGUCGGUUGACUGAGCUCAUACAGUUAGCAACUAGUCCAGAAUUAGAAUCGAAAAUAACUGAGUGUAGCAAAGACAACCUCUUGAAGCACCUUGUUUUCGAGAGUUCUGGAUCUCAUUCUUUUUCUGACAACUCAAUGCUCCUUCGUGCAUUACAUCUGCCGAAAUGUAUUAAACUUCGAGCUAAACUCAAUCCGGAUCCAUUACCUUACUCUAAUUAUUCAAAUCAACAAAAUGGACAAGUUGUAUUACAUAUUAGUGUAUAUAAAACAAAUGAUAAUGUACUACCGGCACAAACAAUAACUACUACUGGUAAUAGUAGUAGUAAUAGUAGUAUUUAUGAUAACAGUAAUAACCGUGACAAUGAUGAUAAUUAUAACACUAAAGAUAUUAAUCUAUCUGAAAGAGAUCAACUCAAUACUGAUAGAUCAUAUUCACCUUAUGCUUAUCAUUAUUUACGUUUACCAUGUGAUUCAUAUAUAUCAAAAAUACAUAAUGAUUUACAUCGUAUUACUGGUAUACCAAUAACAAAUCAAUUAUGGUCUAUUAAAUCAAAACAUCAUCGUAAUGAUAAUAAUAAAAAUAAGAAGAAUAAUAAUCUAUUAUUUAAUGAACAAAUACCAUCGAAUGAAGUGUUAAAUUCAUUAGUCAAUGAAUUGAAUCGGCAUCAUACAUACCAGUUAAAUAAACAGUCGUUUAAAACUCAAUCCAUUUUAUCAAAACAUUCAAAUGUUGUUUCUACUAUCAACACUAAUGAUGAUGAUGAUGAUGUUGUUAUUGUUGCUGAACAAAAAUCUAGUCAUGACAAUUUCACAUUAGCUGAUUGUGGUUUAAAAUCCGGUGAUGUUUGUGAUUUAUGCUUGACUGCUUCAAAUCCAUUAAAUCAUCAUAAAAAUCCAAGGAAAGCUCAAUUAUCUCACAAUGAUGUUGAUGCCCAUUCCAAAUCAUUACAACAACAACGAGCAAAGAAAUCAUCUUCACAUUCUCUUGAUGAUAAUAUUCCUAGUGGUUCUUCCACUGCCACUACUACCACUGCUUCUGCUGCUGCUGCUGACGUCUUCAUCACUGAAACUUCUUCCACGAAGAAUAAAUCUAAUCGUAAAAUAUCAAGUUCGAAAAAACCCAAUUAUCGUAACAUAUCUCCAGAAAUUGGAUUCGAUGAUGACUAUGAUAACUAUAAUGAUGACAAUGAGGAGGAAGAGGAGGAUGAUGAAGAUUAUGACAUGGAUUACCAUUAUUCUAGUGAUGAGAUACUUGAUGAAACUGAUGAUAAAAAAAUCACUCCAUGGAAUCAACCAUUAAUUCCUGAUGAUCCAAGUUUCGAAGAUCCAGAAUUGGCUACACAACAAUUUUGUAUAGUAUUUUUACAACGUUAUUGUAGGGAUGGUGUGACUAUGUCACCACCAUUUUCUACAUGUAGCCUUGAAACUGCUCUAUCUUUGUCAGUUGGUACUAGUCAAGUGUGUGAUCGUAAACCAUUAUUUAUAUAUUUACACAAUGAUGCUAGUGUAGCAUGUCAUGUUUUCUGUCAACAAGUAUUAUGCUCAUCUGGUUUACUUAGAUUUUUAACUGAUCAUGAUUUUAGUUUAUGGCCAUGGGAUAUAACACAUACACGAACUAGAGAACGUUUAAUUGGUUGGCUUGAAGUAAAACUACCAAAUUUAUCAAGAAUAAUUACAUCAUUAACUGUAGAUAGUUAUCCUAUUCUAGCAAUGAUUGUCAAAUUAUCAGGUCAAUUAGAAGUGUUAUGUAUUGUAAUGGGUACUGGGAUUGUAAAAAUGUGGCCACCAAUUGACCAUUUUCCACCUUUACUAAAUGUACGUCGUAGUAGUAGUAGCAGUCAUUUUACACCAUCAUCAACAACAACAACAACAUCUGUACAAUCAAUGAAAAAUGAUGAUAAUUCCUCGUCAGUGAGCACUGGUUGUGGUAGUUUAAAACCUGAUGUAAUUGUUGCCGAAUUAUGGCAAGCUUAUACAACAUAUUUGGAAUUGCUAGAACCGGAAUGUGCAACUGAACGUGAAAUUAUUGCUCGACGACGUGUACUAGAAGAACAAGAAGCAGCUUAUGAAGAAUCAUUACGACGUGAUCAAGAAAAGGAAUGGGAACGUGCCAAAGCUAAAGCGGAAGAAGAUAAACGUAAACAACUUGAAGAAGAGAAACGUAUAAAUGAUGAAAUAAAAGCUACACAACAUCGAUUAUUCAUGGCUGCUAGUUUACCACCGGAACCACCUACACCAAAAACACCAGCAGCUGAAGCAUUUUUAUCUACACCAAAUGGUGUUGACGGUAUUACAACGUUACGUUUUCGUUUACCUCCUCAGUGUUCUAAUGAUCCAAAUGUAAAGCAUAGUACAAUGAUUCGACGUUUCGCUGGUUCAGACAUUUUAAAACAUGUAUUUAUGUUUAUGGAAUCGAAAGGUUAUUCCAAAUCAGAUUAUAAACUCUUCACUACAUAUCCAAUUCGAGAUUUAACUUUAAUGGAUGAAAAUAUGACUUUAGCUAAUUUAGAUCUUGUUCCACAAGAAACACUUACUUUAGAAUUACGUUGAAUAAAGGAAAUGUCAAAUAAUCGAAUUCACCAACCCAACCCACCCCACCCCAUCUCUAUUUUUGUUUGUUUGUUUGUUUCUUGAGAAUAUUCAUAAAAUAUAUAAAUAUAUAUGAUGUAUGUAUGAUGUAAUUGUAUGGUAUAAUUACUGCAAACACUGUGUACUUGUUUUUGGUUUAUUAUUAUUAUCUUUUGUUACACAGUCAACUUUGUACAUUUACUUACACAUACAACAUACAUAUAUACACACAUAUGCACAUAAGUGUGCAAUGGAUAAAUUCACAUUUUUCCUAUUAUUUAACAGUUUUAUUUUUUCGUCCCAUUUAUAAUUCAAAUCCCACUAUCAUAUAUAUUGACUCACAGACACGGACACACACACACACAUAUAUAUAUAUACGCAGGCACAUACACACGUUUAUACGCAACAACAAUAUGAUCAACACAAUUUUACUUAUCUCUUCUUUAUUGUCUCUUUUUUUUCUUUUCUUUUCUUUUCUUUGUUUUUUUAAAGAUCUAUUUGUAUUGUUAGUCUUUAUGUUAGACAUGGAAUGUUUAGGUGUAGAUUUGAAUUCUACACAUAGACCAUUAAAUGAAUCUACACUUUUUUCUUCUUUUUCUUGUUGUUCUUCUAUUCAAUAAUGUGUGUAUACAGGUUGAAUAAUAUGGUUUUGUCUUUGUUCCUCUUGUGUUUGGUCUCUCUCUCCCCCCUCUCUCACUCUGUGUGUAUGUGUUUGUUUGUUCAUUUCAUUGGUGUUAAACUUUUUUCUCUGUUCAAAAAAAAAAGAAACAUUUUUUUAUUCUUCAAAGAUAGAUACAUUGAUUUAUUUACUUAUUUCUAUAAAAAAAAAAUUGUAGAUGGUAUACUAUGGAAAUGUUUUGUUUGUUCAUUACAAAGAAGAAUGAUCAUGAUGAUGAUGAUGAUGAUUUGGAUUAGUGAUUGUUUGUUUUAUCUUGUUCUUCAUUCAUUUCAUCAAGAACUAUUGAAGAUCAUUUCAAUGAUCUAAAAGAUAAUUCUGUUGAUGGAUUUACUUCUUUUUUCUAAAGGAAAAGUAUCAAAUUGAAUGAAAAGAUUAAGUGAAAAGAUUUCAUUCUGUUAUUUAGAAUAAUAAUAAAUGCAAAAAAAAAAUAAAAACUUCUAUAAUUGUGUUCAUUUUUUUCUUGAAUCUGUUUUAUUUUUAUGAUUAUUAUUGUUUUCUUUUCUUUUUCUUUUUUUUUUUUUCGAAGUUUCUUUUAUGAUAUGGAUUGAUUAGAUUGUUUAUCUAAUUCUAUGUUUCGAUCUAUUAUCCUACAUAUAAGAUUUAAGUAUGUCUAUACGAAUUCUAUCCAGUCAGUUAGUCAGUAACAAUGUAGAACUUUGUAUAUAUGUACGCACGUACAUCAGUUCGAGUUAUCAUACCAUAUUAACACAGAGAUACAGUUAUCGAUACAAAUUCCAUAGUGGUAGUGGUAGUAAGAGUAUAAGCAGGAAUUGGAAAGAUUAGGGUUUAAAGAUGUUAUUCAAGGAGUAUAAUUCAUUGAAAUAGAUUU